AAGCAGCUCUUCGGUGAGGAUUCAAAGUAAUUUCUCCUUUUUGUGACAAUAGGGAAGUCAACUUGGGGCUUGUUUUUUAAACAGGGCACCUCAAGACAUGACACACAGUGUGACCUGGAAGGCCUUCCUUUACUCAAAUGAGAAUUGGAGGGGAGGAGGGAAGGGAGGAAGGAGGGAGGGAAGAAAGAAGGGGAAUAAGCCACAGGUAGGGAAGGAGAGCAAAGGUGGGAAAUGCGCUCAGCCGUAACUCUCAAAGGGUCAGUAGAAGGUCAGGCAGGAAGAGCCCAGAAAAUAGGUGGUGGCGGUAAGUGUUGUCCAAGAAUCAAUCAAUGGUAUUUAUUGAGCCAGUUGCUGAUCAAUCUGGGCAAGGGAUGCCCACCUCACCUCCCCCAGUUCAAUUCAAUUGAAGUUGCAUUCCCCCUCCCUCCCAUUCUAAUGGCUGCAGAGAGAGCCAGCUUGGGUCAGGGCCAAAGCCUGAUCUCCUUAAGUAGCGGUUGCAUGUCCUGGGUUGCGGCUCCCCGUCCCCAGGGGAGAGUGUUUUCUGUGGCCGAAUCAAUCCCUCGAAGGACUCCAGCUGUCUCCAGGCCCGGUGACGCCCCUGCCCUGACCCCCUCCGUCUUCCAUAUGCCCUCCGCACAGCCUUAUCGGUAACCGGAGACAGUGGCUCCCGUCCACGUAUGAAACGGGAAGCGGCAGGCGUGGGAGUGAGUAGCUCCCCGGAGGGACGGAGGUUCCCGAGGUAGAGAGCGGGCUGGCUCAGGGAUGGGAGAUCAAAGGGCAAUUUUAGCCGCCAGGGAUGGGGACUUGACCACCUUAGAGCGUCUCUUUGAGGAUGGUCUCCUGAAACAGGGCGUCACUGAUGCCCAGGGGGCAGGGCCCGUCCACCAUGCCUCCAGAGGGGGCCACCUGGAGUGCCUCAAGUUCCUGGUACAGAGAGCCGAGCUUCCGGGGAACCAGCGGGCUAAGAACGGGGCGACUCCAGCGCAUGACGCGGCAGCCACGGGUCACCUGGCUGAGCUACAGUGGCUGAUGCGAGAUGGCGGCUGUGGCGUGCAGGUGCAGGAUGUUUCGGGCGUCUCCCCCCUACACCUGGCAGCGCGUUUUGGGCACCCGAUGGUGGUGGAGUGGCUCGUCCGGGAAGGGUACGACCCAGCUGCGGAGACCCUGGAGGGGGCCUCGCCUGUGCACUACGCUGCGGCCAAGGGGGACCUGACCUGCCUGAAGCUGCUGAUUGGACAUUAUCCCGUCGGCAAAGACAAGCAGACCCGGAGCGGAGCCUCCCCGCUCUAUCUCGCCUGCCAGGAAGGCCACCUCCACGUCGCCCAGUUCUUGGUGAAGGACUGUGGGGCCAACGUGCACCUGAGAGCGCACGAUGGCAUGACCAUCCUGCAUGCGGCGGCCUGCAGCGGUCACUACUCCCUGGUCGUCUGGUUGGUCACGUUCACGGACGUCGGCCUGGCUGCUCAAGACGACGAGGGAGCCACGGCGCUGCACUUUGCGGCCAGGGGGGGUCACACGCCCAUCGUGGACCGGCUUCUCCUGAUGGGGGCUGAGAUCACGAAAGACCACUGGGGCGGGACCCCCCUCCAUGAUGCGGCUGAAAACGGGCAGCUGGAGUGUUGUCGGACCUUGAUCGUCCAUCACGUGGAUCCCACCCUUCUGGACGGGGACGGCUACACCGCGAGAGACCUCGCAGAGUAUAACGGACACAGAGACUGCACUCUCUUCCUGCAGCAAGUGGAGACGCUGGGUCGAUGCUGUGCCUCUCCUCCAUCGUAUCCCGGCAACCGGAAGCAAGGUUUGAGAACAGCUGAGGCAGCGGCUUCCCUGGUGAAGUCAAAGGCCUCACCUCCGGUCAGUCCUGCCCUUAGUUUGCCAGCCACCAAGCACCCAGCAGCUGAACGGAGAAGAGGCGUCUGCUCCCGUCAGGACCGUGCCCCUGUAGCAUCGCUGAACGCCGUACAGUGCAACCAGUCCAGCAAGUCCCUGAGUACGGAGCUGAAGAUCAGUACAUCUGUACAGAAGGACCGGAUCGACGCCACGUUUGCCCACUCGGGUAAAAUCCCUGUGCAGGGGGAGAAAAUGGAGGCCUUCGAAGAUCUCGGGAAGAGCCUCAUCUCACUGAGGCUGAAGGAGUUGAAUCAGUCGGAUGCCGAUGCCCUGGUGCCCACCCACGACGAACGGGGCUACCCAAUCCCGGAGUGGAAGAGGCAGGUGAUGGUGCGGAAGCUACAGGCCCGCCUGCUGUCCGAGGAGACCCUAAGCCAGAAGGAGGGUGGAGGCUCCAUGGAGGUGAGCGAUUGGAGAUACUCGCAGGCCCACAAUGCCAUCCUGGGCUCCUACGGGGAGCUGCUCACAGAGGACGACCUCAUGUACCUGGAGAAGCAGAUCGAGAAUCUGCAGUUGAAGAAGAAGUGCCGGGACUACGAGCGAGAGUUGGGGCGGUUGGCCGAGGAGCUCCAGGCCCUGCUCCCUCCUCCCAUCGUCAACGUCUCGGUCCACGGCCGGCCACGGCGGGACCCGGGGGCCGAGGGGGAAGGCCAGGCCCUGCCCAUGUGGUGCAGCCGCGUCUCGGGGGCGGCGAAGAGUAUGUCCCUGCCGCUGAGGAACAUGAACGGUCUGGUGAGCAGGGAGGAGAAGUCAGCCGGGGGGCUUCCGGCCCGGGCGGUGCCGGACCCCCCGGGUGGCUCUGUGGAAAGAGAGAUCCUGGGCUGUGGUGUCUCCGUGAGGAGCCUGAGGGACAGCUUCGAGAAACAGGCUUGUUCUGAGCCCCAGAAACCGGCACAACCCCAAGAGGCCAAGAUGGGACCUGGGGGACCCCUGAGGGGAGCCCACCCCCUGGGCGGGACUGGCCCCCACAAGAUUCAGGCGGGGGACAAGAGCCAGAAAAGGCAGCUCCGGGAGGAGCGGGCCUCAGGAGACCCCAAGGUAGCCACUGAUGCUGGGAUCGGCUGUGAAGAGGCCUCCUCUGGGACCAACGGCUCCCCGGUGGCCGAGUCGGCCAGCCUGAGGAAAGAGCGGAUCGUGACGCUCUUCCUGAGUCACUGGAAGAAGUCUGCUUACACACCCGCCUUGAAGACUGCGGCCAGGAGGAGCCUGGAGUCCCGCCGGGCUCGGAGGAAGGGGCGGGAGGUGGCCCCGAUCGGGCCGGGAGCAGAGCAGUCCGACGGCAAGCCGCCCCUGAGAGAAAUCGGCAAGCUGGCUCACUUGCUCCAGCAGAGGAACGCCAUCAAGAACCUCCUCGGCGACUGGAAGGACAUCAUCUCCCACGUCCCGUCCCGGCAGAUCCGCCGCUUGAACAGGCAGCCGGUCACCUACUCUCCCGAGCAGUUCCUGCCUUAUGUGAACGGGGCCCCCGUCCCUCAUGACAGCCUCACCCUGGACCUCUUCAUGCUUGGCUACUUCCACAUCCUGGACCUGGACCUUCCGGCCGAGGAGCGGAAGACAAGGCACCUGCUCUGCUUCGAGGUGUUCGACCACCUGGGUUCGCACAGCUGGGAGACGGUGCGUGCCUUCCACCGGGCCGUGAUCGGCGAGAUCGAGGCGGGCCGGAGGGGCUGGACAGACGGUUUUGAGGAUAUCAAGGAGCGGUUCUUUGGUCCCGACAAGGGCCCUGCCCGUGAGAUUGAGGCCGGCCAGAGGAAGCCGUCACCUGGGGCUGCAGCCCCAAGUCGCUGCCUGGAACCAAGGGGACGCCUGUCAGGGACCUUUUCUGGAUCCAGGGGCUUCAGCAGCGAUGACAUCUGUGGGUACAUCGACCGGAGCUUUGCCUUCUGGAAGGAAAAGGAAGCAGAGAUGUUUGACUUCCGAGAGUGAGGUCCAGCUAGCACCGAAAGUCGCUGCCUCUUAGUUGUUGGCCUUUAGAUAUAAAAGCAAAGCGAAUCUGGGCUUAAACUGGAUAGAUGGAGUCUUUUGGUCCCAACACGAUUAUUCCCAUCUGGAUUUUUCAGGACCAGACAAUGUGAAAAGAUGAACUUAGAAAACCUUUUUCUCUUUGUAAUUGCCUUUCCUAUUCUGGUUUUUCCCUUUCCUGCUGGUCGUAAGUGCAUGUGCUACACAUUCCAUCUCUCCCUCGAAGGGAGAACCGUUUUAGCUGCUUGGAAUCAUGCUGGAAUGAAGUCCCAAAAGGCCUAGAAUCAAAUCCCCCUAUGUGAACUGAUCCCUGUGAGUUAUAUGGACCUCUGAAAGCCCAUUUGGCAUUUAGAAAUAGAAAUGUAAAUCAGUGAAGCCUUUAGACAUUGAUAUUUGAGGCCUUUUCAGUACAAAAAAGAUCCGAUUUUGAAUUUUAAAGGAGGCUUCGCGUAACAAUGUAUCAUCCUUGAAUUGUGUAAAUGCCCUCAUUAAUAUCCAUUGUGUCUAUGCAGAAGUUGUUUUCUACAAGUGUUUUUGAUAUAAACCACUGCAGUGAUUAAUUUAAUACUUUAUAUUUCAUUUCUCCAUCUGCAGAAUGACAUAUACUACCUGUCCCUGUCUGUUAGAUGUUGGUUGAGAGUAGAUGAGGUCAUGGCUGAAUCUUCAAAAGGCAGAACCAACUGCUAUUAUUUAAUCCCUCCUGUAUUUUUGUCCUCAUCGUACAGAUGGGGAUACUUAAGGCCCAGAAAGAUGAAAUGGCUAUUCCAAGAGAAAAUCAGCGGCAGGGAAGGACCGAGUGAUUUAAACCUUCCGACUUGUAGUCAAGUCACUUCUGAAACUGGGAAAUUUACAAGGACUUCACUAUUAAUGGUGGUAUUUGUUAAGCGCUUACUAUGCGCAAAGCACUGUUCUAAGU